GUCCGGUGCUCCGGGAUGGUGCAGAUAUACCAAGCCGUCAGCACUGCCGUGCUCUCAAGUCACUUUUAUCGCAAGCUCAGGUUUCCGCCCGGUACUGGGUGACUGGUGCACACUUCCGGCCGGAUCUGGCGAGGACGUACAGUUGGAGUUUAUGGUACCGAGGGAAACAUGGACAAGAUGGAAGGUUACUAUGUCUCUGCUAUGUUCAGUGGAUGUUUUUUGCUGUCCAGUUUGCUGUUUUCUAAAGUGACCCAAGAGCAGCGGGAUCCGUAUAUGGAUGAAAUCUUCCACAUCCCCCAAGCUCAGCAGUAUUGUCAAGGACACUUUAAUCAGUGGGAUCCAAUGAUUACGACUCUACCUGGUCUGUAUCUGACAUCUGUCGGCAUAGUGAAGCCUGCUGCCUGGCUCUUUGGAUGGAGUGACAAUGUGGUUUGCUCAUCUGGAAUGCUGAGAUUUAUUAACCUCCUCUUUAGUCUUGGCAACUUGUAUAUGUUCUAUUUAAUUCUAUGCAGGAUCCACACUAAGGUUUCAGCAGUAAGAAGAAUCUUGUGCAGCCUCACUUUAUACUUGUUCCCCACUCUAUAUUUUUUUACCUUCUUGUACUACACUGACCCUGGUUCAACAUUUUUUGUCCUUUUUACGUAUUUAAUGUGCUUGUAUGGAAAUCACAAAAGUGCGGCCCUUCUUGGGUUUUGUGCCUUGUUGUUUCGGCAAACAAACAUUAUAUGGAUAGUCUUUUGUGCUGGAAACCUUAUUGCAGAAAAGGUGAUGGAAACAUGGAGGACGCAGUUGAAAAAGAAUGACGAGAAGCCUUCCUCUAAGAAAACCUCUUUAGAGACUGUCGACGCUUUAAAAUUUCUCAUGCUCUAUUUGCGGAGCCCCUUGAACAUACUGACCUUAGCCCUGUUAACAUGGCCUUACGUCAUCUUAGUGUUGUGUUUUCUUGCAUUUAUGGUAGGUAAUGGUGGGAUUGUAGUAGGAGACAAAAGUAACCAUGAAGCCUGUCUUCAUUUUCCCCAGUUAUUUUACUUUUUUGCCUUCACUUUGGUCUUUUCAUUUCCAGUUUUUAACCCAAUACAGAAAAUAACAGACUUUAUCAGAUCAGUAUGGCGACGUCCACUCCUGUAUGCAGGCUUAGUUUGCGGAUCUCUCUUUCUUAUUUGGAAGUUCACAUAUGUUCACCAGUAUCUGCUCGCUGAUAACCGUCACUACCCUUUCUAUGUAUGGAAGAAAAUAUUCCAGAGACAUGAGUUGGUAAAAUUUGCACUUGUCCCUGGAUACCUCUUUGCAGCUUGGAGUUUUUUUGAUGCUCUAAAGACCAAAUCUGUAUUGUGGCUCCUGAUGUUUUUUGUUUGCAUAUUGUUUGCCACAGUUCCUCAGAAAUUAAUGGAAUUUCGAUACUUCAUCCUGCCGUUCCUCAUCUUCAGACUAAAUAUAUCAGUUCCAUCUACAAGUAAACUUCUGCUAGAGUUGGCACUGCAUGUCACUGUCAACUUAAUAAUGUUUUAUAUGUUUUUGUAUAAGACUUUUCACUGGCCCAAUAGUGAAGAAAUACAGAGGUUUAUGUGGUGAGGGGAAGGCUAAUGGCCAAUCAGAUACGUUUCGGUUAAAGGGAAACUCCGGUACAUAAGUUCUUAUUCCCUAUCCACAGAUGGGGGAUACGUGUCUGAUCGGGGUAGAUCUAACUGCUGGGAACUCCCGCGAUCUCCUGCCCAACACCCCGGCUCUCCUUAUGCACAGAGCGACCUUCCUUCCGUGCACGAAUUGCUGUUAACCUCCGCACAGAGCUGUGGCCAACUCGCCCCUCCAUGUAUCUCUAUGGGUGAGCCGAAGACACAGCACAGGAUACAAUCAGACCCCCUGCGAUCAGAUACUUAACCCCUAUCCUGUGUACAUAAGAACUUAUGUACCGGAGUUCCCUUUUAAGGCUAAACCAAUUGGUCAGAUAAUAAAACAGUUUAUUUUUCUUUCUUAUAACAGGGAAUGCUAACAUUCAUAGGUUGGAUCGCUUUUUUUUUUUUUAAGCUAAAGCCAGAAGUAGAUUCAAAAUGAAUUAGAUCAUAGACAGAAAGGGGUUAUAUUUCUCUGCCCUGAUUGAUCCAUUUCUGGCUUUGCGUUUAAAAAAAAUGCUAAUGUUUUUCCACCCUAUUAGUGGAGAAAAAAAAAAAAACAGACUCCAGCUUUACAUGGGCCCUAUCACAGGCAGCUGUCACUGCACAUUACACAUUCUGUAGGGUCAUACCCUUGGCAUUAUAUAGUACCUAUCUUUAAACUGGUGUAAUGCAAUAGAUGACAAUAUGAUUUUAUUGCAUCUGUGGCUCUAUACUUUGCUGCCAAUUCUGCUUUUCGCUCAGCCGAGGUACUUGUAGAACAUAAGGCUAACUGAGCUUAACCUACUGCCAAUUCAGAAAAAUAACUUUAACCAUUUCAUGCUUGUCUCAUUGCAUUAUAGUGUAACCAAAUUAUAAACUAAGGGGUGUCAUUAAAAUGUACAUUUUAUUUGAGCAUAUUAAAAUCACCAAAUAAACACUGUGUUUAAAUACCCAAAAUAAUAGUGGAGACAAAAAUAUAAGUAUAAUUAAGUACAUGGUUCCAAAUCGAGGAGAAAAGAGGGUACAGGUAAGCAAAAUAAUCAAAUCACUGUCCCUAAAGACAGACCUUGCAUUCUUUAUGUAUGCUGGGAGUGCAUACUAUCUGGAUGGCAAUGGGUAAUCUAUGCACAUGUUACCAAUGCGUUUCUGUCCACACAAAC